AUGAGGAUAGACCCCGGCGGCACCCAAAUCCCGCACCAGGACCAGCAGCCUCCCCCUGCCGCCCGUGACUCGACGGUCACCCUGAGGCAGGUGGCAGUCCGUGGGCUUGCUGACCGCUACGGGCUGCGGGUCCACAUGGACGGAGCGCGGCUGAUGAAUGGGGCAGUGGCCCAGGAUGUGGAGCCGGCUCAGAUCACCCAGCACUGCGACUCCGUGUCCCUGUGCUUCUCCAAGGUGUGCUCACGUGGGGAGGGGGUCCCCGGGGCCAGAUGGGACCUGCACAAGCUGAGCAUCCAACAGCUGAACUCGCCCCUCUGCUCUGUCAACCUCGUGGCGGUGGAGACAAACAUCGUGAUGGUGAGCAUCAGGGGGGGCUGGCCAUCCCCCGCAGAGCUCUGCGAGCACCUGUGGGCAGUGAGCGAGGAGGAGUUGGCAGAGACCGGCCAAGCUGUCAGCGUCCUGCUGUUCCCCUGGUCGGCACACACCGUGCGCGCCGUCUGGCACCGUGACAUCUCAGCCCGUGACACUGAGCUCGCAAAGAACAAGCUGGAGUUUGUGGCCAGGAAGUGCCAGGAGAAGCUGGCCCUGGGACAGCGCCCGACCCCGCCGAGCGCAGGGGCAGCCUGA